AUGUUUCGAUUCCACAAAUCUCUCGACAUCGUCACCUUGUUCCACAAGGCCAACUCCCCGGCAUCGACAAGGGUAGCAACCCUUCUGAAGCAGGUCUCAGCCAAUGCCAGUGAGACUGCCACCGAGGACCAGGCCAGCGACCAUUCUUCCCAAAGCAGCAUCGAGCGGCAGGAGUUUGAGCUCAACGUCACCGAGGAGCAGCCCACGGCGGACCAGCUCAAGACUAUCCUCGAGUAUGUUGGGAAGGCUGCCAUUCCUACUGUAGUCAAGGGUGCACACACGGAGAAUGAGGCUCUGAAGAAGUUCAGGGAGAGCAACAGCAAUUUCCAAAGGCCGGUGACUGUUGAUUGGAACAAUGGGAAAGCAUAUGCUGGGGACAACGAGUCAGAGAUAUUGAAGAUGCUGAAUGCCCUCCCCAAGACUUAG